ACAAAUAGGGCCGUGAAUAAAUACAAAAACAUUAUAAAAAUAAUACUGUUGGAGAAAAAAAUUCGAACUCUUACCCACUCCCUUAACACUUUUGUGUGGCAGGAUUAGCUUAUCAUACAUUAGUGGGUGUAUGUGUGUGUAAAUAUGGACUUUUUUCAGGGUUACGUUGAAAAAACCCAACCCUGAAGGCUGAAGGCAAAGGGCAGAGUCGCUCUCCUCCGCCACCAGUCGCCCGCCGCACCCGCCACCGUCUUCCGUCGUCGUCUUUACUCCUGGAACUGUGAGGCUAUUAUAAUUUCAUAAUUCUUUCAAAUGUUAGUCAAAGGAAAAAAGGCUGCUGGCAGAGGGGAAGAGAUGGCUGCACUUUAUGCAUUUGGACCUCGUGAAGAUGAUGCCAUAAUUAAACAUAGGCUUCUUACUCGCACCACUACCACGAGGGGUGAACCACCACUUAAGAAGCUUCAGAAAAAGUUUACUUCAUUUGCUCUUGAAAUUGAGAAAGAUGCGGAUAACAUUAGUGAAUGUGAGAGACUAUACAAGACCUUUUUACAAGAAAUGGCUACCUUUGAAGUUCCACUUCUCAAGAGUAAAGCUGUUGUGGAAGCUAAUAUCCGAGAGAAAGAGAGCUUUAAUGAGCUCCAAGGAGAUAUCCAACGGCAAAUAUUGCAGGCCCAGACUGAUAUUGAGGAUUUGAAGAAACAACUAGAGGAGAGCAAAAUUGAGAGGCAACACAAGGAAGAGUGUGAAGCAAUCAGAAGGUUGAUUGCGUUGCAGCCUCCUAGAUCAGCGACACAAAAAAUUAUUUCAGAUCUUGAGAAGGAAAUCGCAAUGUUAGAGGCCGAGAAUGCUGCAGGAAUAAGGACCCUGGACCUUCGGAAGAAACAGUUCUCUCUUUUGUUGCAUGUGGUGGAUGAAUUGCAAAGCACUAUUGAGGAUGAUCAAAAGAACUUCGCAGACGAGCUGAAGAUUGUAAUGGAAGAGCAAAGGUUUAACAUUGAAGAUGUCAGUGUUGUUUCAGAGGCCAUGGCUGUAGAUUGACUUCUGAAAUCCAUAGAAGCAAUAUUCCAGGACAAAUUAGGUUUUUACCCAUCACUCAACUCUUUUAUCAUGAUUGAUAUCAUGUAGUCUUAUGGUGAAUCUUAUGCAGGAAAAAUCUAAAAGAUCACUUUUUGAGGUUAUUGUAAGGUUGUUGUUUGACUUUGGAUGAUGAACAUUUCUUUGCUUAUCAUUUGCAGGGUUAUUUUUGACUCUGACCGGAUUGAAACAUUGAAAAGUAUUAUUUAAUACAACAUUUUGGAAGCUGUUAUUCAUC